AUGAAUUUGACUACUGUGGACAUCAACGAGCCCUGCCCAAACGGGCCGGGCCUCGUUAGUCUCCCCCCAGAGCUUCUACAGCUUAUCUUGAUGUCAUGCAGUACUCCAAGCUUCCUCCAGCUAUCCGUAACCUGCCGUUGGAUAUACGACAUCGCGUCUUCUUCGCGCCCAGUCAUACUACACCACCUACUACGCACCCCAGGCCUCAAGUCCUCCAUUGACACGAGCCUGCCAAACAGCGAACUGUUUCGCCUUUUAAAAUCAAGAACAGCUGAGCAUCUAUAUGGCGCCAAUUUCCACUCUAAUUUGACCAGCUAUAUUUUCCGCACAGGCCUAAUUGAUACUCCCGCGUCUGCCGUGGAUCCAACCGGCUCGUAUGCUGCGCUUGUUGAGAAAGGCGUCGGCCGUAUCUUCCUCUACCGCAUUGAGCGUCAAACGGUACACCUUCGGAAGAUCCUGGAGCCUCCCUGUAAUCCCCCAGGGCGUGUCGAAGUGGUCAAGGUGAUAUUUUGCACCGACGGCUCGCUUGCCGUGCUACAAAAAUUUGAACCUGCCGAAGAGGCUGAGCAGCCUCAUGCUUAUCCAUUUAUGCAGACUGCAAUACACUAUUUUGCCAAUUCCAGCGCCCGUCUUAUGUUUUAUUCUUGGGAACAUAUGGGUGAAGGAACGCCUCAAAUAACGCUAGGCGCUUUCCACGAUAUUGGUGCGUGGGUUCCGGUGACUCUUGAUGCGAGCGGCCGUUCGAAAGUCGUGAUAGUGUGGAAGACAGAAACUGUCCCGGAAAAGAGAAAGGUGACGCUGCAUACGCCAGACUCGCAUAACAAUCUUCCAAGUAGCGCGGAGCUAAACGCUUAUGUAUUGUAUGAUUCUGUGACUAUUGUGGAUGAAGACGGGCAGAACCCCGAUAUCCCUGCGGCCGUCGCGACACGGCCUCCUGUCCAGCCUAUCGUCAAGCUUAACCUGAACGACUUCGCGAAACAGGUUAAUAUGUACCACCCUGCCUCCCCAAUUUACAACAGAUAUAUGAAUUUACCAGAGCCCAAUACGCAAAGCUCCUCCCGGCAUACUGUAAUGUUCAAUUCGUGCCGGGUCAACUUCGGCUCCCAUCGUCUUUCCUUCUCCAUCAGCAUUCCUUUCUACUGUACCCACGAAACAGACUAUUCUCAACCAAACCGUCCAGUCUGUCACUGGAAAUAUCUUGCUCUUGGUGUUACGACCCACCCAAUCCAGAACUGGACCAUCGCCUGCCUGCUACGGUCUGAGGCUCGCUGCCGCUCUUCUAACUGUGAGCAUAUACCCAACCUCGAGCGCGGCCGCCGCUUGGAUAUAUGGAAAGUAGUGGCUCGCCUUUGGGGCUAUCAGGCGCGGAGCAAUGCUCUUUCUGGGCUCAUAGCCUCGUCUCCCAAGGGAAAGCGCUUGGCCAUUGCCGAUUGGAAUACCGUCUACGUCUGGGCCUUAGAACCGGGAGUCAUCAUGGAGGCUGAUGAGGAAAGUUCUUCGAGCUACUACCCAGACACAAUGAAGGUAGAUGGUAAACUUGAACUGAGACCAAUCACCCUCAAGCCUCAGGCUGUCUGCCACAGUUUAAAUUUUUCUAGUGAGGAUGAGCUGAUCGCAUUAACAGAUAAGGGGCUGAUGAGGUGGAGUUUGGGGCCGAGAGGGACGGGGUUCAGGGUCAAGAAAUUCUUGGAUAUGGAAGAGAAUACAAAAUCGGGAAACUCUAGCGUUGAUACUUGGAUAUUGAGCUGA